AGGAGAUCCCAGAGGUCAGGAGAUUCCAGAGCUGAGGAGAUUCCAGAGCUGAGGACGUUCCAGCUCUCAGGAGGUUCCAGAACCGAGGAUGUCCAAGAGCUGGGCGGGUUUCAGAGCCUGGGAGGUUUCAGAGCUCAGGAGGUUCCAGAGGCCGGGAGAGCCCGGAUCUGACAGUGACAUUCCCGAGCCGAGGGGAUCCCGGACUGGGAUGGGGGAGAUCCUGAGCAGGUCCCUUUUCCCAGAAAUGACCCGCACGGUGACCAUCAAAGUCUCCAACAGGACCCAGGACAUCACCCUGGAUUACCCCAGGAUUUACCUGCACGGCGGCCGCUGCUCCGUCCCCUCCGACCCCGAGGUGCCCCCCGGCUGUUCCACCACCUGUGAGUUCUCCAGCUCCUCGUCCCCGGGCUGCUCUGGGGUCCUGAGCUUCUGGGCCAAGACCUGCACCUUGGUCAUCUUCUUCUCCAACCCCCUGGAAGACGACAAAUCCCCCCGGGAGCUGGGCCUGGAGCUGUCCCCCCACAGGAAGGUCUGCAGGCUGAAGGACCUCUACGAGGAGAUGUCGGGGAGGGACCCUAAACUCGUCACGAAAGAUUCCAAUUUCGAACGCGUCGCCCUGGACAUCUGCCAGGAUUCCAUCUGGAAGACCCAGGGCCCCCUCAACGUGAUGGCCACCAUGUUGAACGCCCGGAACGCCGUGGUCAGCGUGGCAGUGAGGGGCUUCAAGUAGUCCGAGGAGAAAACUGGCAGUGGGACACCUCUGGAACCCCAUAGACACCCCUGGAACCCUAUAGACACCUCUGGAACCCUAUAGACACUUCUGGAACCCUACAGACACCUCUGGAACCCCAUAGACACCCCUGGAACCCUAUAGACACCUCUGGAACCCUAUAGACACUUCUGGAACCCUACAGACACCUCUGGAACCCCAUAGACCCUUCUGGGACCCUAUAGACACCUCUGGAACCCCAUAGACAAAUCUGGGACCCCAUGGACACCCCUGGAACCUCAUGGACCCCCCGUUUUUGGGAUCCCUCCUCAGUUCCACCCCCCCUUCCCUUUUUGUUUUGCUCAACAAAAGGGGAAUUUUUGCCCUUGA